AUGCCGAAAAUCAUGAGGUCCGGAAAGGUGGUGCUGGUGCUGCGUGGCAAGUACGCCGGCAGGAAGGCCGUCAUCGUCAAGCCCUACGAUGAGGGAUCCGCCGAGAGGACGUACCCGCAUGCUCUGAUCGCCGGAAUCAACAAGUACCCGCGCAAGGUGACGACGCGCAUGGGCAAGAAGCAACAAGAGAGCCGCAACAAGGUGAAGCCCUUCGUCAAGGUCGUCUCAUACACCCAUCUGCUGCCCACCCGCUAUAUGCUUGAUGUGCCCCUCGAGAAGUCGGCCGUCAACAAGGAGUCGCUCAAGGAGCCCGGCAAGAAGACCCGCGCCUGCAUCGAGGCCAAGGCACGUUUCGAGGAGCGGUACAAGUCGGGCAAGAACAAGUGGUUCUUCACCAAGCUGCGCUUC